GUCUUCAACACCAAGAUAAACUCAAUGGCCCUCCACACAACCUUUGCUUCAUUUCUAAAUAACCACCAACCUUAUCAUUAUAUCACUCUUGUAUAACUACUUCUCACUAGCUAGUCAUUAGUUUCAAGCCAUGGAUUCAUUGGAGGAGUGUUCUCUUGUUACUAAGAUUCUUGUUGGUGUUUCACUUGAAGAGAAGAAGACAAGCAUUGACCUUCUCUCUUGGGCCGUCACUGUUGCCGCUCAUCCUAAUGACACCAUUGUUGCUCUUCAUGUUCUUGUUGGUAAAGAUGAGAAGAGAAUUGACAAGAUUAAAUUACGCCAAGCCAAGGCUAGUGUAAUUUCUAUGCUUGCAAAUUUUGCCGAUGUUUGCCAAGAUAAACAAGUAAAAUUAGAAGCGAAGAUCAAGAUUGCCUCAAGCAUUGCUAAGGGACUCGUUGAUGAGUCUUGGCUAAUCAAUGCUAACUUCCUCCUCAUUGGCACUUCAAGAAACUCUUCUUUGAGGAGCUCAUUUGAAAUCACAAGGUAUUGCUUCAAAAAUGCUCCCGAGUCUUGUUUGGUGAUAGCAAUUGGAACACAAGGUCGUUCUAAAAAUUAUACCGAAGAUAAAGAAAAUCAUCAACAACAAAAGCUUUUUAGUUCAAAAUUAGUGAGAGAGAACUCAUCGAGCACAAUUAGUUCUAUUUCUAAGAGAGAAAGCAUCGGUGAAAAGAGCUCGCCAAGAGGUGUUCUAGAUUGUGCCGAAGCAAUUCUUGAGGAAUGUUCAAGUCCAUCAAGCAAUGAGAAUACUAGUAAUAGCCGCACAAAUAUUUGGCGUCGUCUUUCCACUGUCAAGCUCUUUCUUCCAUUCUUUCGUGUCGAUGAUAAUGGAAAAGAAACAGAUUAUGAAUACUCAUCCAACAAAGCCCAACUCCGGCCUUCUUGGCGUUGCUUUAACUUUGAUGAGAUCUCACAAGCUACUAAUGACUUCCACGCGGAUAAUAUUGUCGGAAGAGGGGGUUAUGCCGAGGUAUAUAAAGGAACACUAAGUAAUGGACAAAGUGUGGCGGUAAAAAGAUUGGCUAAAUGCAAUGAAGAUGACCACAAAGUGAAGGAAUUCCUAACAGAGUUGGGCAUCAUUGGGCAUGUUUUCCAUCCCAAUACUGCCUACUUGUUAGGAUGUUGCAUUGAAAAUGGGCUUCAUCUCAUCUUUGAUUUUUAUCCUAACGGAACUCUGGCUUCUGCUUUACAUGGAAGAAACUUAAAGGUUCUCGAAUGGUCUGUGAGAUACCGGAUUACCAUCGGUAUCGCUAGAGGUUUGAAUUAUCUUCACCGAUGUUGCAAACGCCGAAUAAUUCAUCGUGAUAUUAAAGCGUCCAAUGUUCUUCUCGGAGCAGAUUUCGAACCUCAAAUUUCUGAUUUUGGGCUUGCAAAAUGGCUUCCAAGGCAAUGGACUCAUCACUCUGUCACUCCAAUUGAAGGCACAUUUGGGUACUUAGCACCAGAAUAUUUCAUGCAUGGAAUUGUUGAUGAGAAAACUGAUGUUUAUGCAUUUGGAGUUCUUCUUUUGGAGAUUGUUACUGGCAGGAGACCUGUGGAUUCAUCAAGACAAAGCUUGAUUUUGUGGGCAAAGCCAUUGAUAGAAGUUGGGGAUGUGACUCAAUUGGUAGAUCCAAAACUUGGGGAUCAAUAUGACAAACAUCAAGUUGAGAGAUUAAUUCUUAUUGCCUCUUAUUGUAUCAGACAAUCCUCUGUUUGGCGUCCCACCAUGAAUGAGGUGCUAGAGCUCUUAAUGGAUGAGAUUGAUGAGUCUGGUGUAGCUGAGAGUUGGAGGAUUGAAGAAGAAUGCCCCAAUGAAUUGGAUGAGUGUUCCAUGGAUGACUACUUCUCCAAUUAAAUUUUUAUAUUUAUUAUUAUUAUUAUUAUUAUUUCUUUUUUUUUUAAAUUAAUAUUUCAUUUUCUGUAUUUAUUGUGCUAAUUUUGUUUGUGGGUAGAGAAAGGCAGAGAGACACUUUCAUUUGUGUUGUCAUUCUCUCAAGUUGGUUGGAUUUUUAGUGUGGUGGGGACUCUUAACCAUGCAUACAUGGUUGAGAAAUUUGGGGUUUUUUUUUUUAAUUUAUUUAAAUUUUGUUUUAUUUUGUUUUGUUUUGUCAAUGGCAUUAUUACUUGUUGUC